CAACAGUCGCCUCUCAAACCCUACCCUACGGAGGUCACUACUACGUGGUAUAAUCUUUGUAACAUUCAAUCCUUCUCAACCGCCUUCCUCAUCCCUCGUUCAUCAGCCUUCCUCAUCCCUCGUUCAUCAUCUUCGACGCCACACCGCGAUGAAACGGCCAUUCGAUGACGGCGGCGGCGUUGGCCCCAUCGACUCCAAGAAGCCGGUAUUCCUCACCAAAGCUCAACGAGAGCAGAUAGCCCUUCAAAAACGGGAAGAAGAAAUCGCUGAGCAGAAACGCCGCUCCGAGCAGUUACUACUCCACCACCGCCCUUCACCGCUCGAUUCCAAAACCCCGUCGUCCGAUCACCACGACUCCCACGCCCGCUCCAACCACCACCGCUCCUCUCGCGAUUACGACCGCGAACGAGAACGGGAACGCGAUUCGGAGCGGCGGAAUCGGGAGCGGGAGCGGGAGGAGGAGCAGAGGGCCAAGGAGCGAGCCCGGCUCGAGAAGCUCGCCGAACGCGAGAAGGAGAAAGAGAUCGAGUCCAUCAAGGAGCAGUACCUGGGCUCGAAGAAACCCAAGAAGAGGGUUAUCAAACCUAGCGAGAAGUUCCGAUUCUCUUUUGACUGGGAGAACACCGAGGACACCUCGCGCGACAUGAACUUCCUCUACCAGAACCCCCACGAGGCUCGCCUCCUCUUCGGCCGUGGCUUCCGCGCCGGCAUGGACCGACGCGAGCAGAAAAAACUCGCCGCCAAGAACGAGAAGGACCUCCGUGACGAGAUCCGUAAGAAGGACGGUAUCGAGGAGAGGCCCGAGGAGGCCGCCGCGCAGCGGCUCAAGGAUGAGGCUGCCGAUUUGUACGAUACUUUCGACAUGCGGGUGGAUAGGCACUGGUCGGACAAGAACCUGGAGGAGAUGACGGAGAGGGAUUGGAGGAUUUUCAGGGAGGAUUUUAACAUAUCCUACAAGGGGUCGAGGAUUCCCAGGCCUAUGAGGAGCUGGGUUGAGAGCAGAUUGAGCGCUGAGCUUCUGAGGGCUGUGGACAGGGCUGGGUACAAGAAGCCUUCCCCCAUUCAAAUGGCGGCUAUCCCGUUGGGGUUGCAGCAGAGGGAUGUCAUUGGCAUUGCUGAAACUGGCUCAGGUAAGACCGCUGCGUUUGUACUUCCCAUGCUUACUUAUAUAACUAGGCUUCCGCCCAUAACUGAGGAGAAUGAGGCUGAGGGGCCUUAUGCCGUGGUCAUGGCCCCUACCCGAGAACUUGCUCAGCAGAUUGAGGAUGAGACUGUCAAGUUUGCUCAUUAUUUAGGGAUUAAAGUGGUUUCGAUAGUUGGUGGGCAGUCGAUUGAGGAGCAAGGGUUUAAGAUUAGGCAAGGUUGUGAGGUGGUGAUUGCAACGCCUGGGCGUCUAAUUGAUUGCUUGGAGAGGCGUUAUGCUGUUUUGAAUCAGUGUAAUUAUGUGGUGCUCGACGAGGCCGAUCGGAUGAUCGAUAUGGGUUUCGAGCCACAAGUUGUGGGUGUGCUUGAUGCGAUGCCUUCGAGCAAUUUCAAACCUGAGAACGAAGAUGAAGAGCUUGAUGAGAAGAAGAUUUACCGGACUACUUAUAUGUUCAGCGCUACGAUGCCUCCGGCUGUGGAGCGACUUGCUAGAAAGUAUCUGAGAAAUCCCGUAGUUGUCACGAUUGGUACUGCAGGAAAGGCAACUGACCUAAUCAGCCAGCAUGUGAUCAUGGUGAAGGACUCAGAGAAAUUGUAUAAGUUGCAGAAGUUGUUGGAUGAACUUGGAGAUAAGACAGCUAUUGUGUUCAUAAACACUAAGAAGAAUGCUGAUGGCAUCGCCAAAGCUUUGGAUAAGGCUGGUUAUCGCGUGACAACUUUGCAUGGUGGGAAGUCACAGGAGCAGAGAGAAAUUAGUCUUGAAGGUUUCAGGGCGAAGAGAUACAAUGUGCUGGUUGCAACAGAUGUAGCAGGGCGUGGCAUUGAUAUUCCUGAUGUGGCCCAUGUGAUCAAUUAUGAUAUGCCCGGUAACAUUGAAAUGUACACACAUCGUAUUGGGAGAACAGGUCGUGCAGGAAAGACGGGUGUGGCAACAACCUUCUUGACUUUGCAUGACACUGAUGUCUUUUAUGAUUUGAAGCAGAUGCUCAUACAGAGUAACAGUCCGGUGCCCCCAGAAUUGGCACGACACGAGUCUUCAAAAUUCAAGCCAGGAACUAUUCCCGACAGACCACCUAGGCGAAAUGACACUGUGUUUGCUCCCUAAAGCAGCGGUUAAAUGGGCUUGAAGACUUUCGUUGCUGCUCCAUUCCAGGAAGUGAAAUGGUACUAAGGCAAAAGGAGUGGAUACUAACUUUACUGUAGAAGAUAUCAGCUCUGGAAGAGAGUUAAAGAGUACCGUUAGUUACUUUUGUUAAGCUGAAUAAAAAGUCUCAUAGUCAUUACACUACCGGUAGUGAAUGAUGGAUGUAUGGGUUGAGGUUCGGCCAUGAUGAUGUCAUGAUUGUUGUGUGCAUUGAAAAGGGGCCAUCAAGAAGGGAGGAGAUUGUGGCAAGUGGCAACUGGAGCAUAAAGUGCAGAAUAGGAACAUGAAUGUGUUAGAUGCCAAUACCUGUUCUGCAAUUUUUUUGGUUUCGGGGAUAUGUGAAAUUAUAUUUGUUGCCAAGAAAUUUCAUGAUUUCCCGUUCAUUUGAUUAAUCCGCUUUGGGGGAUUGAUGUUUUUUCUUGAAAUUUGGUUUUUAAGUCCAAUAAGGCUUCUUUUGUAUUUUCCCGAAUGGAUGUAAAUUGUACUGAAAUGCUCUACGUCGGAGACUAAAUUGGGGUCAUCCUCUUAGAACAGUGUUGAAUUCUGUUGUGGUUUAGGCCCUUUGUUCAGCGGUCGAUUUGGGCUUGCAUCUACAUCAGGGUUCGCAAAAUAUACAGUUGUAAGCUAUGAUCCGGUAAGUAUAUGGCAUCAGAGGUUAUUUUUGAAAACUCGGUAUCCAGUCCAAUAGACUCAACUACUCCGGGACCAAUCCCACAAUCCAUUGGCGGAGUCCCAUUUAAAGCCGGGGCAAAGUCUGUAUGGACUAACCGAACAUAAGAAUUGAUUGCACGCGGAUGAGAGUCGAACCCAAGGUCAAAGGCUUCCUGAGUCGGAGUGAGUCCCCUAGUUGUUAGGUGACUACCACUACGCCAUGGGUUGACAUCAGAGGUUUUUUAAUAUUCACUAAACUGACAGUUGAGAUUAAGUCAUAAGCAAACGAAAAAGAAGCCACCCCCUCGAGUGUCAAUAAUAUAUGAUUCUAGUAAAUGAUCAUGUAAGGCAAACUUUCUAUUACACGAGAAGCAUGCUUCUAUUAGCAUAAUAUAUUAAGUAUUUUUUUAACAGCAAAAGAGAAAAAUUUUAGUGUAAAAAAAAAGUACAGAGAUUAAAAGGUUGGCAAGAGGCCAACCAUAAAACCCCAACACCUAAGCCCUAGACCACCCAAAACCAUAAAAAGAGCACACAGAACAUCCCAAAAUUAGCCCGCGAAACCC